GUUUCCACCGGCGGAACCCGAUCUAGAACAGCCAGGUGAAUCUUCGUCCAAAUCCCCCUCCUAAACCACCUCCCGUCGUCCCGCUCAAACCCUAAUGCCGCUGUAAUGGCCACCGGCUCCAGUUCGCUGAUUUCCCACCUCGACCGCUCGCCGGACCCCGACCACUGCCCCCUCUCUGGGCGUGACAGACUGACGGUUCAGCCGCCGGCGUCGGCACGCGCCGAGUCCUCGCCUCGCCUCCCCGACAGGUGCGAAGCUAGCGUUGACACUGGACGCGCCGACGGAGGUUCCCAGCAGCAGAGUUGGCCAGGGCUACCAAGGGGUGUAGAAUUUAAUCCCAGCGAUGGUGAUCUUCUAUGGCAUUUAGCUGCAGAAGUUGGGAAUGGUCAGGCCGAGCGCCAUCCAUUUAUCAACAAGUUUAUUACGUCUGUUGUUGAUGAUAGAGGAUUUAGUUACACUCAUCCUCGAGAUAUACCUGGUGUUAGGCAGGAUGGACAUGCGUCAUACUUUUUCCAUAGAAGAUUUGAGUCAUACAGCAAUGAGGGUGAUGAAAAUAUUAUCUGGAAAAAAAUUGGAACCUCUAGAUCAAUCUUCUUGGAUGGAACACUGCAAGGUUGCAAGGAGGUGUUUGUCCUAUAUGCAGACAUGAUGAGUGAUAAAGGUUCUCAUCAAACUGAUUGGAGAUUACAUCAAUAUCAUAUCAGAAAUACAGUGAAGCAUGAGGAAGAGCUAGUGUUGUCUAAAAUAUUUUUUGAAUCACGAGACAGUCUGUGUGAAUUGGCUGAAGAAGCUCGUGUCGAGGCUGAAUUGGAUGUUUCCACGCCUGUUGAUUCAAGAGAGAAAUGUAUUACAUGUUCUAACCCCAGAGUCUAUAAUGAGACUGAUGAUCUUGAUCAUAUGUCUCUGAAAGAGCGCUACCGGAUCCUUCUAGCAGACAAAAGCACUUGCCCUGCUACAUUAUCAGCUAGGGAAUCUAGUAAAACUGCUUCCAAAAGAAAUCAAGAGGUAACAGCAUACAAAGAAGAUACAUGUAGCAUGUUGCAGGAAAUUUCCUCCGCACCUCCUAUUAUAGAGAGUAAUCCCAUGGAUGAUAGCAACAGCAGUAGGUUGCUUUGUGGAGAUGAUUCAGGUUUCUUGAGUAUUUCUGGCAUAUCAUCUUGUACCGGCCCAUCCAUAUGUGAAGUUGGAUGCUCUCAUGAUCCAGUGGAGGAAAAUCAGGUAGGUGGCACUGCAACUUGUGGGAGUGAAAGCAGUGAACUUAUUGUAAGAAAACAGGGGGCCCUUCUUGCUGAUGUUAAAUUGGAGCCUGCAUUUGAAGGGUAUGAAAUUGACCCUUCUAAAUCACCUCAAGAAAAUCCCGCUCAAGCUGAAGGCUCAGUACCAUCUUUAGGAGUAAAAGAUGAACUAAAUGAGUGUGAUUUACCUGGCUUAUGUGAGAAAAAAUUCAGUUCCCGAAAACGCAGAAAAAGGAAAACGACAAGUAAUUCAAAUGAAAAAAUGCUUGAAGAAGAUGCUUACACUAAUGAUGAGGGCAUUGCUUACUGUUCUCGUCGAAGGAGGAUGAAGAAAACAGCCACGGAUUCAAUUGAAAAGGCACUUGAUGAAGAUGCUCCAGGGCUUCUAGAGAUUCUUCUAACCAGAGGAAUAGCAGUUCAAGAAAUCAAACUUUAUGGUGCAGAAGAAGAUAAUGAAAUGAUUCCAGAUUCUUCAGAAAGUAGCUUUGAAGAUCUUGAAAAUGUCAUUGCAAAUAUAUUUCCUAAGAGAGCAUCUCUGUUGAAACUGUCAAUAGCUAGACAUGAAAAGGGGGAAAAGGCUAUCUACUGCUUAUCCUGUCUAAUUUCUCUUAUUGAGCAGUCGCGCUACCUUCAAUUCCGUGACUGCCCUGUGGAAUGGGGGUGGUGCAGGGAUCUGCAAUCCUUCAUUUUUGUAUUUAGAAGCCAUAAUAGGAUAGUCCUUGAACGUCCUGAAUAUGGUUAUGCAACAUAUUUCUUUGAGGUUGUGCAAUCGUUGUCAAUAGAAUGGCAGAUCCGUAGGUUGGUUAUUGCAAUGAAGCUUAGUGGCUGUGGAAGGACAGCUCUUAUUGAAAACAGGCCAUUACUGGUGCUUCAGGUUGGUGAAGAUUUAACAGAAGGCGAGGCACAUGUUUUGGAAGAAUAUGGCUGGAUAAGAAACACUGGUCUUGGGACAAUGGUCAACUAUCGUGAUCGUGUGGUCCAUGACAGGUGGACGGAGAAAAGUGUUAGCGAUUGGAGGGCGAAGAUAGGGAAGCUUCUAAUGACUGGUUAUGCUGAGGGCCAAUCAGUCACAGUUUACGGUCCGAAGAAAGUAGCAAACCUGUUGGAAGCUACUGGGGAUGCUGAAAUUGAUAUAAAGUUGGAGGAUCCUUUUUGAGACAUCUGUUGUAUAUAGGUACGAUAUGUACUUUGUAUUGUAGUAUGUAGAGCUGAAUGCAUCCAAAUAAACUUUCGGUUGUACAAAAGUGGACUUGCAACUUCACCAUAACUUACCUGACCUUGACUAUAGGCUAGUGAUGGGUAGCCAUGUUAUGUGUGCCUCUGUAGGUCUGAGCAAAACGAUGUUAAUGUAACUGUUGUUGCCAGAGCAGUUUAGUCCAGUUGAAUAUACUUUUUUUUUUGAACUCCAGUUGAAUAUACUUGGGCCAUAGUGAUAUGGAGCAAGCAGAGUAUUGUAAAAUUGAAUCUGAUGUACUUGUAUAUUUGUGAACUGAAUCCAUUCGAGAGUAAUUUUUUUCCCAGGGAAGUUAA